AUGGUGUUCAUUGCAUGGGCUACCUGUUUCUUGUUUUACGCAACUCACUUUGUUGCAGCAUCUCAAUCCUCAGCACUACAACUAGAAGCAAACGCCCUGCUGGCGACUGGGUGGUGGUCCUGGAGAGGCACCAAUUACACCAACAAUACCUCAAGUCGUUGCGAGUGGCCUGGUAUUACUUGCAAUGCUGCUGGAAGCGUCACAGCGAUUGCCAUGCGCUCGGGUGGUUUCAAUUUGGGAGAGAUGUCAAAACUCAACCUCUCUUCUUUUCCAAAUUUAGUCCGCCUUGAUCUUUCCGAAACUGGACUUCAUGGGAGUAUCCCAGUCGAGAUAGGUACUCUAUCCAAACUCACCUACCUUGAUCUGUCCUAUAAUACUCUGACAGGUGAGUUGCCACUUUCACUUACAAACCUCACCCAAUUAGUGAUGUUUAACGUUUCUUAUAAUCAAAUCAUUGGAUCAAUCCCUACUUCUCUUUCACUUUUAAUCCAUCUCACCCAUGUCAUUUUGUAUCACAAUCAAAUCAAUGGUUCCAUAGCGUCAGAAAUAGGAAUGCUGAAGAAAUUGGUCAUGUUAGACCUAGGUGGUAACAUGCUCAUUGGUCCAAUCCCUUCCACUUUGGGAAAUUUAACUUCUUUGAAAGAAUUGUAUCUUGAUUCCAAUCUAAUCAAUGGUCCAAUCCCUUCCACUUUGGGUAAUUUAACUAAUUUGGAAGAUUUGUCUCUUUACCGCAAUCAAAUCACUGGUCCAAUCCCUUCCACUUUGGGUGAUUUAACUAAUUUGAAAUAUUUGUAUCUUUUUUCCAAUCAAAUCACUGGUCCAAUCCCUUCCACUUUGGGUAAUUUAACUAAUUUGGAAAGUUUGUAUCUUGUUUCCAAUCAAAUCAAUGGUUCCAUUCCCCCGGCAAUAGGAAACAUGAAGAAUUUGACUAUCUUGUACCUCUCGAAUAAUAGCCUCAUUGGUCCAAUCCCUUCCACUUUGGGUAAUUUAACUAAUUUGAAAAGUUUGUAUCUUGAUUCCAAUCAAAUCAAUGGUUCCAUUCCCCCGGCAAUAGGAAACAUGAAGAAUUUGACUACCUUGUAUCUCCCGAAUAAUAGCCUCAUUGGUCCAAUCCCUUCCACUUUGGGUAAUUUAACUAGUUUGAGAGGAUUGUAUCUUCAAUCCAAUCAAAUCAAUGGUUCCAUUCCCCCAGAACUAGGAAACCUUCAUUCGUUGGAAAAUCUUAACCUUAGUCAUAACUUUAUUAGUGGAGAAGCACCUGUUCAACUUGGGAAUACUGGCAAUUUAUGGAGCUUGGAUAUCAGCUACAAUAAUCUUACCGGCAAUAUUCCCAAUAGUUACAUUUCUAUUCAAACAAUCACCUUGUCGUACAAUUCUUUGACAGGUCCAAUUCCAACAUAUUUUCAUCGAUUCGAUACACAUGACACAUUAAUUGGCAACAAGUAUUUGUGCGGUGACUUCACGGGUUUCCCUCCUUGCCUUCCAACUAGUCACAAAUCAAUUGUCACCAAAGCAAAAAUUUGUGUUCCUAUUGCCAUUUCCCUUGGAUUCUUAGUUCUUGGGGGCUUUCUCCUAUGUCGACGCAUGGUCAAGAAAAUCCAAUUGGAGUCAAGAAAAGAAACAAAGCAUGGGAACUUGUUCUCGAUAUGGAAUUAUGAUGGACAUAUUGCAUAUGAAGACAUCGUUGAAGCAACCGAGGACUUUGAUAUAAAAUUUUGUAUUGGAACCGGUGGUUAUGGCAGUGUUUACAAAGCAAAAUUACCAUGUGGAAAAGUGAUUGCCUUGAAGAAACUUCAUCUGUUGGAGGCUGAGAACCCAACUUUUGAUAUGAGUUUCAAAAACGAGGUAAAAGUGUUAACAGAGAUUCGCCAUCGAAACAUUAUAAAACUUCAUGGGUUUUGUUUACAUAAGCGAUGCAUGUUUCUGGUUUAUGAGUACAUGGAAAGGGGAAGCCUAUUUUGUAUCCUAAGUAAUGAUGUUGAAGCAAUAGAAUUGGAUUGGAACAAGAGAUUAAACAUCAUCAAAGUCACUGCCCACGCUUUAUCUUACAUGCAUCAUGAAUGCAUUCCAACAAUUGUUCAUCGAGAUAUAACAACCAACAAUAUUUUAUUGAACAAUAAACUAGAGGCUUUUGUCUCUGACUUUGGCACAGCUAAACUCCUUGAUCUUGAUUCCUCCAACCAAACGUUAGUUGCCGGCACUUACGGUUACAUUGCCCCAGAGUUUGCCUAUACCAUGAAAGUUACUGAAAAAUGCGAUGUUUAUAGUUUUGGAGUUGUGGCACUGGAAAUAAUAAUGGGAAAACAUCCAAUGGAAUUCCUGACUUCAUUAUCAUCAUCGUCUUCUCAAAACAUGAUAUUACAUGAAAUACUAGACCAGCGUUUGCCACCUCCCAAUCAUUUGGUUGCACAAGAUAUUUUCCUUGUCGCUACAAUAGCAUUUGCAUGCCUACACGAAAAACCAAAGUCUCGGCCUACAAUGAAAUGCGUGUCUCAAGAAUUUCUUUCUCAGAAGAAGCCAAUAGCCAAGCCUUUACAAGGAUUUUCAUUAUGGCAGCUAAGGAACCAAGAAAUGUAUCUGGUUUGAUCAAGGGAAGAUACUCAAUUAUGAAGUGUUUGUUUCUAGGCUGAGUAUCAUGCGAUUUGUGGGAGUUCACCAUUUACCAGGAAUUCGAAUGCAAAGGAUGUAACCAAAUAAGAAAACAUUGGAUUUCCUUUCAACUAGAUUCACAAAAUUGAAAA